UAACAUCUUUACUAUUUUGGGUCAUUUCGUAUUCUUAAAUCUUAAGCUCACUCAAGAAUAUAUCUGCAACAACAUUGAAGAAACAAAAAAAAAGUAAAAGAAAACGUUCGAUAUAUUAUACUCAACAACUUGUUAAAAUCAUUAUUUUUUUGGACAAAAGAAUCAUUAACUGUUUCCUUUCUACUUAUAUUGGUUAAUUUUGAUGGUUUAUGCAAUUUAAUACCAGUCUUCUCUCUCCUUUUCUCGAUUGAAUCCACGCACAGAACACGAGCACUCAUUCAUGCUUUAACGUUUGUCUUUUCUACGUUCAUUUCUGGUGAAACUGACUAUAUUCAUCAGCAUCUACUCCCAUCAAUGGAUUUGAGAGCCUCAAACUCAACGCAUUCCUUCUCAAAUAUGGAGGAUUUCUUUAGCAUUUCUGCUAAAACCACCAGCAUACCAAAAGAAUAUAUUUGGCCCAAGAAGGACUUAGUUCUUGCUGAUGAAGAACUUCAAGAACCAGUGGUGGAUCUUCAAGGGCUCGUUAGAGGUGAUUGGGAGGCAACUCGACACGCUGCCAGACUUGUUAGAGCUGCUUGUUUGAAGCAUGGUUUCUUCCAAGUGAUCAAUCAUGGGGUCGAUUCUCACCUCAUUAGGAUGGCUCAUCAUCAAGCUAAAGCCUUUUUUAAGCUUCCCCUUUCUGAAAAAAGGAAGGGUCAGCAGCAGCUUGGGAGCAAAUGGGGUUUUUCAGUUGCCCAUGCUCAUCGUUUUUCUACGAAGUUGCCAUGGAAGGAAAUGCUGACGUUUGGUUUCCCUCAUGAGGGCUCUAAUGCUGUUGUCGUUGAUUUUUUUGAGUCAUUCUUUGGGGAAGGUUUUGAAGAGACAGGAUUGGUUUUCCAGAGAUAUUGUGAGGCUGUGAAGAAACUAUCUCUUGCAAUUAUGGAAAUUCUUGGAAUCAGUCUGGGAAUUGAUCAGUACUACUUCAGAGAAUAUUUUGAGGAUGGCAAUGCUAUUGUGAGAGCGAACUUCUAUCCGACUUGUCCAGAACCUGGAUUAACCCUUGGCAUUGGACCACAUAGUGACCCGACAUCUGUGACUAUUCUUCAUCAAGAUGAAGUUGGAGGAUUAGAAGUCUUUGUGGACAACAAAUGGAGAUCUAUUCGACCAAGGCAUGAUGCAUUUGUCAUCAACCUUGGUGACACUUUCAUGGCAUUAACAAAUGGAAUGUACAAGAGUUGCUUGCACAGAGCAGUGGUGAAGAAACACCAGGAGCGAAUAUCAUUGACGUAUUUUCUGUGCCCAAGAGAGGACAAAAUGAUAAAACCUCCGCAAGAUCUGAUCAGCAGCAUAGAAGAAGAGCCAAGAAAGUACCCAGACUUCACAUGGUUUGAUUUUCUUCGCUACACUUCUGAGCACUACAGAGCAGAUGAAACUACCCUCCAAAAUUUCACCAAAUGGUUUACUUCUUUUAACCCUUAGCUGAGUUUUGUAUGUUUCUUGUCAGUGGGCCGGGAUUCCAUCUCCUUGUCCCAAGAAUAAAUAUAGUUAAUUAUCAGUUUUUAUAUUUUAUGUUAUCUAUUAGUUGCUUAUUUGAGCUAGUAUAUAUACCUCUUAAUCUUGUA